AAGUUGCCGGCAACAACUGGUCACACAUUGAGACGAUGUCGGGAAAAGUCAGACAGAAAACGUCUGCAAAUGCAGCGGAUUCCGCUACUCAAAAUAUAAACGAAAAAAUAUUGAAGGAGUGUCAUGGUCUUUACACCGAUCCGGAAAGUGGGCUUGUAAAGAUUGGUGAGAGUCUCAAUUUAACUUUGCUGACACCUCGUAAGAAAAUCACAGUGCUGCUACUUGGAAACCACUCGGCAGGAAAGAGCUCCUUUAUUAAUUGGUAUGUGGAGGAGCAUAUCCAGAGGACUGGUGUGGCCAUAGAGACUCAAGGCUUCACAUUUGUGACAAGUGGCAGAAAACGGGAAUCCCUGACUGGAAAUGCUACAUUACACUUGUACCCACAUUUUGAGCCGUUGCGACAAAUUGAAGGCGUUACUGACUACCUCUCAACAGAAAUCUCUACAUCAAAGCAGAAGAAGUUCAGCCUUGUUACGUUUGUGGACACGCCAGGUCUGGUUGAUGGUGACAUGAAGUACCCAUUUGAUGUGAACAAGGCCAUCCUAUGGCUAGGUGAUCUGGCUGACCUGAUAUUCGUGUUCUUUGAUCCGAUUGGUCAGGCUUUGUGCAAGCGGACUCUGAACAUUGUGGAGGCACUCAGUGAGAAGCAUGCUGAUAGGCUCAAGUUCUACCUGAGCAAGGCCGACGAGGCAGGGCUAGAGAGUGACCGACAGAGGGUUAUGAUGCAGAUUGUCCAGGAACUGUGCAAGAGACCAGGUCUCAACAGGACUGGCUUUGACAUGCCUACCAUCUAUGUGCCAUCCAUGAACCAAAAGCAGUCUCGCUGCGUGAACCAGAUAGAGGAGGUGUGUCGGGAGAUAGAGAAGACCAUCAACGGCACAAUCCAGUCCACAUUGAACUCCCUGGAGCGGGACUGUGACCUCAUUGCCAAGACCGUUGAGAAAAACAUAGAAACUGACAGGAAAGUGUGUUCAGAUAACCUGCGAGCCCGUGUACGUGGGGCCACCUACGGGUUUCUGGGGAUGCUGCUUCCCUUCUUGCUGCUUGCCAUGUUCCUGAUCAGCACUAAGAACAAGAUCCUCGUGUCUGUUCUCGGCAAGGACGUCAUGGAAGCCCUCACAACCUAUCUAGGCCCCCUGACAGCUGCAUUCAACACAAUACCCAGGGAGUACACGAUGUAUGUGCUGGGUGGCAUUAUUGGACUGGCAUUGCUCAUGCUGCUUAUUGCCAAGCUUGUCUCCAGGACCCAAACAACAAUGUCUCGAAAGCAGAGGAAAGUUUUGUUGGAGAUGAAAGACUAUGUGCAGACUAUAGUCAAGACCAAGAAGCAAACACUGUACUCUGAUUACCUGAAGCAGAGUGUGGCAGAACACGAUCUGUAGGCAUGACCUUCACCUUGAAGAGAUACCUUGAAACUGCCAUUUGUAUAGAAGAACUGUCUCCUCAUGUGUUCACAAUUUUUAAAUACAUGUACCUGUAUUUUGAUGUUUUGUGCAGUGCUAAUGUUUGCUUUUACUCUUUGUUCUAUGUUUUCCUUAUACCAUGUGACUUGUAUUCUGUUAGAACAUGUUUUCUGAAAUUAUUAUUUAUUUUACCAAAGAUUUAUUUUCCUUUUUCAAACAAAUGCUAUAAAAACAAAACAAAUGCCUAAUUAGAUAAAGCCUUGAGGUUUAAUUUUAAAAUAAGUGAUAUGUUUUCAAACAAUAAUGAAUUGGUUAAGUACUAAUGCAUUUCUGGAGUGAAAAACGUGUAUAUAGGGUUAAUGUUGACUUAGCAAGAUGGUUUUGGUAUUUGAUUGGUUUAUGUUUUACACACGAGGAUAACAUGAAUUUGCUUCCUUUUUAUGCCUCUGGUAGGGUGGCAUAUAGCAUUUGAACUGUCCAUCCGUCAGUCAGUCUGUCCGUCCGUCCGAAAACUUUUACAUUGGCCAUAACUUUUGCAAUAUUGAAGAUAGCAACUUGAUAUUUGGCAUGCAUGUGUAUCUCAUGGAGCUGCACAUUUUGAGUGGUGAAAGGUCAAGGUCAUCCUUCAAGGUCAACAAAAACAAAUCCAAGGGAAGUAACAAGCUUUAAAGGGAGAUAAUUUAUAUUUAUCAUUUGGCAGGUACAGAUCAUUUUCACAAGGGAAGUAAUAUAAAAAAAUUACUUCCCUUGUGAAAAUGAUCUGUACCUGCCAAAUAAUAUAAACCAAAGGUAUAUAAAAUAAAAAUCAAAGCGGCACAGUAGGGGGCAUUGUGUUUCUGACAAACACAUCUCUUGUUUUAUUUGCUUGGAUCUGGGUAUAAUUAAUUAAUUUUUUGUUCAAAAUGAAAUGUAUCAUUUUAAAUUAAUUAACUAUUUUAUAAUCAGCUUGGUGUGAAAUGCCUCUGUUUUUUAUUUAAUUAAAAAAAGUGAUAUUGCCUGCAAUUUAUUGGGUAAAGGUCUCAUUUUCCUUUUGAUUUGUCAAACCAAACACUUGAUAAUCAUUUGUUAACAAGUCUAUUUUAAUUUACUAUAGUUAUCAGGAUAGUUCCGAUCAUAUCGAUUCCUGUGUUAGAACGGUCUAGGUUGGUUUUGUUUCAUUUUUCAGGGACCAGAAUUUAAUUUCUAGUUUUUCAUUUACCAGUAUCUUCUAAGAUAUGUGACCUUGACUGAAUUAGAUGUGUUUGUGUUAAAUUUUAAUUGCCACAAUUGGGUAUUGUUAAAAUUUAGGGUGUAUUGCAUGCAAGUUUUAAUUGGCUGUAAGUUUAAGAGAGGACUUAUGCUAUAUACAUUGGUCUAGCUAACAAAAGCAGUAUUACACAUAAAAUAAGUUAAUAGUACAUAUGUCAUUUAAGAAAAAUUAACUUGUUCAUGUUUCAUUUUUAAAGUUUCAAAACACAAUUGUUUGCCCAGGUUGUGAAAGUUCCGUUAAAGCCCUGCUGAACAUGCUAUAAUUAUAUUCUCCUUCACCUUAUUUAUGAUUUACCAUAUGGUAUAAUAGGCAAGACCAAAGUUUGGAGGUAGUUUUUAGCUCAUCUGAUUGCUCAGGUGAGCUUUUGUGACCUGUCUUUGUCCGUCGUACGUCCGUCCGUCCGUUCGUUAACAUUUGUUCGUAAACACUCUAGAGGCCACAUUUAUUGUCCGAUCUUCAUGAAACUUGGUCAGAAGCUUCGUCCCAAUAAAAUCUCAGUCGAGUUCGAAACUGGUUCAUGCCGGGUCAAAAACUAGGUCACUAGGUCCAAAAAAAGAAAAAACUUGAAAACACUGUAGAGGUCACAUUUCAUGCCCAAUCUUCAUGUAACCUUGUCAAAAUGUUUGUCUUAAUGAUAUGUUGGUUGAGUUCAAAGUGGUUCCGGUCCGUUGAAAAACAUGGCCGCCAGUGGGCGGGGCAGUUUUCCUUAUUUGGCUAUAGAGAAACCUUGUAAACACUCUGGAAGUCACAAUUUUUGCCCAAUCAUCAUGAAAGUUGGUCAAAACAUUGGUUUUAUUGAUUUCUCAGACGAGUUCGAAAAUGGUCCAGAUCGGUGAAAAAACAUGGCCGCCAGUGGGCGGGGCAUUUUUCUCUAUUUGUAUAUAGUGAAAACAUGUCAACACUCUAGAAGUCACAUUUUUGGCCCAAUUUUCAUAAAAUUUGGUCAGAACUUUUGUUUCCUAGAUACGUGAGUUAAGUUUGAAAAUGGUUCUGGUCUGUUGAAAAACAUGGUUGCCAGGGGGGACGUGGCAGUUUUCCUUAUAUUUAUAUAGUAAAAAGGCUUGCAAACAAUCAUGAAUUAAGGUCAUGUAACAUGUGAGACAACUCUUCUAAAUAUUGCAUUUAAGAAUACAGUAGUUACUCCCAUUUGAUUAUUAAUGUUUUAAUAAUAAUAAUGUGUAGUUGUGUUUCAUUUAUGUGUUAAUUGUUAUUCGAGGUUGGAUGUUUUUAUGCCCCCUUUCGAAGAAAAGGGGGCAUAUAGUGAUCGGACUGUCCGUCCGUCUGUCUGUCUGUCCGUCUUUCCGUCACACUUUGCAUUUAGGUUUCCAAAAAUGCUCAUAACUUCUAUGUCCCUUGAGAUAUAACCUUCAUAUUUGGUAUGCAUGUGUAUAUGGACAAGGCCUUUCCUUACGCACCCAUUUUUUUAGCCCUGUGACCUUGACCUUGAACUUAGGGUCCGCGUUAAGGUUUCAAAAUCUGCGUUUAGGUUUCGAAAAAUGCUGAUAACUUCUGUAUCCCUUGAGAUAUAACCUUCAUAUUUGGUAUGCAUGUGUAUAUGGACAAGGCCUUUCCAUACGCACACAAUUUUUUACACCUGUGACCUUGACCUUGAACUUAGGGUCCGCGUUUAGGUUUCGAAAUCUGUGUUUAGGUUUCGAAAAAUGCUCAUAACUUCUAUGUCCCUUGAGAUAUAACCUUCAUAUUUGGUAUGCAUGUGUAUAUGGAUAAGGCCUUUCCAUACACACACAAUUUUUAACCCCUGUGACCAUGACCUUGAACUUAGGGUCCGCGAUUAGGUUUGCAAAAUCUGCGUUUAGGUUUUGAAGCAUGCUCAUAACUUCUAUGUCCCUUGAGAUAUAACCUUCAUAUUUGGUAUGCAUGUGUAUAUGGACAAGGCCUUUCCAUCUAAAUCUGCGUUUAGGUUUCGAAAAAUGCUCAUACUUACUAUGUCCCUUGAGAUAUAACCUUCAUAUUUGGUAUGCAUGUGUAUAUGGACAAGGCCUUUUCAUACGCUUAAUUUUUUUUACCCCUGUGACCUUGACCUUGAAAUAGGGUCCGCGUUUAGGUUUCAAAAUCUGCGUUUAGGUUUCGAAAAAUGCUCAUAACUUCUAUGUCCCUUGAGAUAUAACCUUCAUAUUUGGUAUGCAUGUGUAUAUGGACAAGGCCUUUCCAUUACCACACAUUUUUUUCUCCUGUGACCUUGACCUUGAACUUAGGGUCCACGUUUAGGUUUCGAAAUCUGUGUUUAGGUUUCGAAAAAUGCUCAUAACUUCUAUGUCCCUUGAGAUAUAACCUUCAUAUUUGGUAUGGUGAGCUUUUGUGACUGGUCUUUGUCCGUCGUCCGUCCGUCCACAUUUGUUCGUAAACACUCUAAGAGGCCACAUUUAUUGUCCGAUCUUCAUAAAACUUGGUCAGAAGAUUUGUCCCAAUGAAAUCUCGAUCGAGUUUGAAACUGGGUCAUGUUGGGUCAAAAACUAGGUCACUAGGUCAAAAAAAAGAAAAAGCUUGAGAACACUGUAGAAGUCACAUUAAAUGCCCAAUCUUCAUGUAACUUUGUCUAUAUGUCUGUGUUAAUGAUAUGUUGUUUGAGUUCAAAAGUGGUUCCUGUCAAUUGGAAAACAUGGCCGCCAGUGGGUGGGGCAGUUUUCCUUAUAUGGCUAUAGAGAAACCUUGUAAACACUCUAGAAGUCACAAUUUUUGCCCAAUCAUCAUGAAAGUUAAUCAAAACAUUGGUUUUAUUGAUAAAAUUUAUUGGGGGGGGGGGGGGGGGACAAGUUGGAAAAUGGCUCAGAUCGGUGAAACACACUUUUUAGCUCUCCUGAUUGCUCAGGUGAGGUUUUAGGAUGGAUCUUCGUCCACUGUCCGUCCACAUUUGGUUUGUUAACAUUCUAGCAUUCACAUUUCUCAAGCAUUCUUCAACAAAGUUGCUGAAAAAUCUCGAUAUCUACAUAAGUUUACAAUAUCUAAUAAAUGAUGGAGGAUUUGAUCUUCACAUCCAUUUACAAAAACAGAUCUGCAGACAUGUACAAGUAAUGCAGUAGGUACCGAUUGUUGAACAAGAACGCAGGCUUAUUAAAUAAAGUAAUUGUGAUUUAUUUCACAUUGCCAAAAGCAGCAUAAAAAUCUGUCUUGUAUGCACUAGUUGAUUUUGUUGAACAAAACACAGGCUUAUUAAAUAAAGUAAUUGUGACGUAUUUCACAUUAAGCAGCAUUAAAAUCUGUCUUCUA